UUUCUCUUCCUGCCUUCUUGGGAGCUUUAUUUGAUUCGCUCCCCGCCGCUGCCUUUGCUCUAAACCGCAACUAACCUCUUGAAACUUCAGCCCCAAACAAAUAUUCCUCUCCUCUCCUCUCCUCUCUACUUUCUCCCUCUAAAAACAAGUAAAACCCAAGUAACCUCUCCUCCUUUUCUAUUCUUGUAUCCGACUUCGCCUUUUUUAUACUGAUUCUUCUUAGGCGAUCUCAAGAUAAGCAACGCAGGAAAUGGCGGUGUUUCGGAGAUUUUCCACAACUUUCCGUGAAAAUCCUUCGCUUGCUAAGUUGUUGGUUGUUUUCACCGUCAGUGGUGGGAGCCUUAUGGCGUAUUCAGAGGCUAAAUCAGAGAAUGAAAUGCACAUUGUCAAUCCUACUGAGACUGACAGCAAGAAAAAGAGAGUGGUGGUGCUUGGAACUGGUUGGGCUGGAACAAGUUUCUUGAAGAACCUAAAAAAUUCCUCAUAUGAUGUUCAGGUGAUAUCUCCACGUAACUAUUUUGCGUUCACACCACUACUACCAAGUGUCACCUGUGGCACUGUGGAACCUCGCAGCAUUGUAGAACCCAUCCGGAACAUUGUCAGAAAGAAAAAUGUAGCUGUUCAUUACUGGGAAGCAGAGUGCUUCAAGAUUGAUGCAGAAAAUAAGAAAGUUUAUUGUCGAUCUAAUUUGACCAGCAAUGCAAAUGAGAAAGAGGAAAUUGUUGUGGAUUAUGACUACCUCGUGAUUGCCAUGGGAGCCCGUCCAAAUACAUUUAACAUCCCUGGCGUUGCAGAAAAUUGCCAUUUCUUGAAGGAAAUAGAAGAUGCUCAAAAGAUACGCAGGACGAUUAUUGAUUGUUUUGAAAGGGCUAGCUUACCUAACCUAAGUGAGGAAGAGAGAGAGAAAAUUCUCCAUUUCGUCGUUGUUGGUGGAGGCCCAACAGGUGUGGAGUUUGCAGCGGAGCUUCAUGAUUAUGUCAACGAAGAUCUAGUCAAAUUAUACCCUAAGGUUAAAGAUGCAGUUAAGAUAACACUUCUUGAAGCUACAGAUCACAUUUUGAAUAUGUUUGACAAAAGAAUUACAGCUUUUGCUGAGGAGAAAUUUCAGAGGGAUGGUAUUGAUGUGAAAACUGGGGCAAUGGUUGUGAAAGUAUCAGAUAAAGAAAUUUCCACUAAAGAACUUAAGAAUGGUGGGUCAGUAUCCACUAUGCCAUAUGGCAUGGUUGUGUGGUCAACAGGUAUUGGGACACGUCCUGUUAUAAUGGAUUUUAUGAAGCAAAUUGGUCAGGCUAAUAGACGCGUACUCGCAACUGAUGAGUGGCUGCGAGUAGAAGGAUGCGACAGCAUAUAUGCACUAGGAGAUUGUGCCACAAUAAAUCAACGAAAAGUCAUGGAAGAUGUUUGGGCUAUAUUUCGUAAAGCAGAUAAAGACAACUCUGGGACACUAACUGUUAAGGAAUUUCAAGAAGUCCUUGAUGAUAUAUGUGAAAGAUAUCCCCAAGUAGGUCUCUUUUUGAAAAACAAACAGAUGCAUAGUCUUGCUGAUCUGUUGAAAGCUUCAAAAGGGGAUGCUGUAAAGGAAUCAGUUGAAGUGGAUCUUGAAGAGUUCAAGUCAGCUCUUUCCCAGGUGGAUUCUCAAAUGAAGAACCUCCCAGCAACAGCCCAGGUUGCAGCACAGCAAGGAUCCUAUCUUGCUGACUGUUUCAACCGCAUGGAAGAGUGUGAGAAGAAUCCAGAGGGUCCACUGCGGUUCAGGGGUGAAGGACGCCACAGGUUCCGCCCUUUCAGGUACAAACAUUUUGGACAAUUUGCUCCUUUGGGAGGGGAGCAAACAGCAGCUCAGCUUCCUGGAGAUUGGGUUUCCAUUGGCCACAGCACACAAUGGCUUUGGUAUUCUGUAUAUGCAAGCAAGCUAGUCAGUUGGCGUACAAGAGCACUGGUGAUAUCAGACUGGGGCAGGCGUUUUAUUUUCGGAAGGGACUCAAGCUGCAUUUAAGGGCUCAAAUGGUGUCUGUUUUCCAUAAGCGUCAUCAGCAUGGGGUGUCUCUCCAAUUUCGGUGGCAAAAGCAGUGUAUUCUAAUUUCAUUUGUUUGUUCAUAUGUUUGACCAUGGGCGGAUUGACCCUGAAAAGAAUACAUAAUGACAGGGAUCUAACUACACCAAAUUUUGCAGUUAGAUGAGCUUCUGGCAAUAAAUAAAGGGCUUUCUUUUUUC